GACCUGCAGUUCCCCAGCAUCACGGCUCUGCUCCAGCAGGCAGAGGGAGCUCAGUUUUGCUUGUAGCUUCCAGAAACGCUGCAGCUCAUAAAUUCAGACCUGGGAGAAACUCCUUAAGAGGCCGCUCUGCCACCCACUGAGAGCAGCCUGCUUCCAUCUCCUUGCUCCAGCACCAGGACGAUGAAGUCGUACCAGAAGCUGACAACGACAGUGCCGCAGCCAGCAGCAUGCUGGGUGGAGGAGGAAGGAGCCACCCCAACACCCCCUGGCCACGGAAAGCUGGCCUCGUGGUGGGUAGGCAGCGGGCUGCUGGUGACUGCUGUGCUGCUGAGCACCAUCACUGUGUGGGUGCUGCGGCAAGUAUCGGGGGGCUGGCCUGGACCCACACCACCCCCGGAAUGUCUCCUGGUACCUGAAAGCCACCGCUUUGACUGCUACCCAGAACAGAGCGUGGUGGUGACUCAGGAGCUCUGUGAAAGCCGGGGAUGCUGCUUCAUCGAGAGCCCCCUACCAGCAGGGGGUAAGCGGGGGGUGCCCUGGUGCUUCUACCCCCCUGACUUCCCCAGCUACACCCUGGAAAGCCUCAACUGGACAGCGCUGGGUAUGGUGGGGGUGCUGGUGCGGAGAGAGAAGGCCUAUUAUCCCCAGGACAUCGAGGUGCUGCGGCUGGAUGUGGAGUUUGAGACAGACACACGGCUGCACAUCAAGAUAACGGAUGCAGCCAACCCACGGUAUGAGGUUCCCCUCGAGGUUCCCCGGGCGACAAAGAGAGCCGAAAACCCCAUCUACAGCCUGGACUUCUCCCGGGCUCCCUUUGGCAUGCUGCUGCGGCGCAAGGCGACAGGGACGGUGCUGCUCAACACCACCGUGGCCCCCCUGAUCUUCGCUGACCAGUUUCUCCAGAUAUCCACGUUGCUUCCGUCCAGAUUUCUCUAUGGGCUGGGAGAGCACCGCAGCACCCUCCUGCACAGCCUGGACUGGAGUACACUCACACUGUGGGCACGCGAUGUGCCUCCCAUGGAGUCAUUCAACCUCUAUGGCGCUCAUCCCUUCUACCUGAUGAUGGAGGAAGGUGGAGAUGCUCAUGGGGUUUUCCUCCUCAACAGCAAUGCAAUGGAGGUGGCCCUGCAGCCAGCUCCGGGCCUCACCUGGAGGACCAUUGGGGGAGUGCUGGAUUUUUACAUCUUCCUGGGGCCCGAUCCCAACAUGGUCAUCCAGCAGUACCAGCAGGUGAUAGGUUUCCCAGCCAUGCCACCCCUCUGGGCACUUGGUUUCCACCUCUGCCGCUGGGGCUACGGUUCCAGCAAUGAGACGUGGCAAACUGUGAGAGCCAUGAGGAACUACCAGAUCCCCCAGGAUGCACAGUGGAAUGACAUUGAUUACAUGGACGGGUACCGGGACUUCACCUUCGAUCAUGAGAAAUUCGCCUCCCUCCCCUCACUGGUGGAAGACCUCCACAAACACGGGCAGCGCUACGUUAUGAUCUUGGAUCCCGGCAUCAGCAGCACUAACCCUCAGGGCUCCUACUGGCCUUUCGAUGAAGGCUUGAGACGGGGCUUGUUCCUCAACACCACCCAAGGGCAGCCGCUCAUCGGGAAGGUCUGGCCUGGCUUCACUGCCUUUGCAGACUUCUCCAACCCAGACACGCACGAAUGGUGGCUGGAGAACCUGCAGCGCUUCCAUGCCCAUGUACCCUUUGAUGGCCUCUGGAUUGACAUGAAUGAACCGUCCAACUUCAUGGAUGGGUCUGAAGAUGGGUGUCCCCCAGGAGAGCUUGACAGCCCACCCUACACCCCAGCCGUGCUGGGCAAUUCCAUCUCUGCAAAGACAGUGUGUGCCUCAGCGAAGCAGAAAGCUUCGGUGCACUACAACCUCCACAACCUCUACGGACUGAUGGAAGCCAAAGCUACAGCAAGUGCCUUGAUCCAGAUCCUGGGGAAGCGCCCCUUUGUCAUCUCCCGCUCCACCUUCCCCAGCCAGGGCCGGUAUUCGGGGCACUGGCUGGGCGACAAUCGGAGCCAGUGGAAAGACAUGUAUUACUCCAUCCCAGGGAUGCUGAGCUUCAGUCUCUUCGGCAUCCCACUGGUUGGGGCGGACAUCUGUGGCUUCUCCGGCAGCACAUCGGAAGAGCUGUGCACCCGCUGGAUGCAACUUGGUGCCUUCUACCCCUUUGCCCGUAACCACAACACACAGAACGAGAAGGCCCAGGAUCCGACAGCGUUCAGCCCAGCAGCAAGGACAGCCAUGAAGUAUGUGCUACUUACCCGCUACUCCCUCCUGCCCUUCCUCUACACCCUGUUCCACCGUGCCCAUCUGCAAGGGGACACUGUUACCCGGCCCUUGUUUUUUGAGUUCCCCCAGGAUGUGGCCACCUUGGAGCUAGACAGGCAGUUUCUGUGGGGCCAGAGCCUGCUGGUGACACCAGUGCUGGAACCUGGUGUGGACUCGGUUUCAGGCUACUUUCCCCGAGGCGUGUGGUAUGACUUCUACACGGGCUCCUCGGUGAACAGCAGUGGGGAAACAUUGAAGAUGUCAGCCCCCCUGGAGCGCCUCAACCUGCAUGUCCGGGAGGGUGCCAUUCUGCCCACCCAGAAACCAGGAACCACCAGUGAAGCAACUCGAGGAAACCCCCUGCGUCUCAUCGUGGCCUUGUCCUCGAAUGCCACUGCCUGGGGGGAUCUCUUUUGGGAUGAUGGCGAGAGCCUGGACACCUUUGAGCGGGGAAGCUACUCCUAUGUGGUGUUCAACGUCACGCAGAACAUCUUCACCUCCACCAUCCUCCACACCAGCACUGAAGCCACUGAGGUCACCAUUGGCACACUGAGCAUCUUUGGAGUGCAGGAGCCACCCAGUAAGGUUCUCCUGGAUGGCAAGGAGAAGCCCUUCUCCUACUUGGACAACCAGGUUCUCACAGUGAGUGACCUCGGCCUCAGCCUCAGCCAGGGCUUCUCCCUGCAGUGGCUGUGAGUCGGGGGCCGCAGGUCACCCCCACCUUGCCAAGACCACCCAUCUGGGAGAUGCUUGAUGCUUCAGCCCUCAAGGCUGGGAUGCUGCCAUGGAGCGGGCGGUGGGGACUGUCACCUGCUGCUGUGUGGCCCCUCUCCAGCACGGCUGGGAAUGGGGGCUGGUGAGGUGGGGGCUUGGCUGCUGGGUGCCCCCAGCGUGGUCCUGGGUGAGCAGUUUGUGUCGAGGUGUGGGCGUCUGCGGUCCCCGCUGCAAUAAAUGCAC